AUAAACCCCUGAUAAAACCCUUUCUCGUGAAUAGCAUAUCCAGUUCUCUCAGUCGACGAAAAAGCAUCCCGUACUCCGUCGGACGCCGUCCGUCCGCCGUUGUCAGCUUUUUCAACCCCCCGAAAUCUGCUGCCCUGUUUUCAUUGCUUGGUUCUGGUAAUCUGAGCUGGACAUGGUUUCUACUUGAGAUAGACAUGCACCUAAACGUGGAGACCUAUAAAUGGGAACAGGAAGCUUUAUAUGGAGUUUUACAAAGAAAUUUAUCACUUUUGGGCUCAUUACUGUCACAGUAACUGAUCGUUAUGUGACCAUUGUCCCAGUUCGUGGUGGCUCUAUGUCUCCCACUUUUAAUCCUAAAACCAGCUCUUUGAUGGGAAAUAUUUAUGAUGACUAUGUCUUGGUUGAGAAAUUUUGCCUUGGAAACUAUAGGUUUUCCCGUGGUGAUGUGGUGGUAUUCCGCUCCCCCUUGAAUCACAAGGAGACUCACAUAAAGAGAAUAGUUGCGUUACCUGGUGAGUGGUUUGGUGCACAACGUAACUAUGAUGUGCUAAAGGUUCCAGAAGGACAUUGUUGGGUUGAGGGAGACAAUGCAGCUUCCAGCCUGGAUUCAAACUCAUUCGGUCCUAUUCCUUUGGGUUUAGUUGGAGGAAGAGUGACCCACAUUGUAUGGCCUCCUCAAAGAAUAGGUGCAGUAAAGAAGACCCCGCCAGAAGGAUUAUCUUCUUAAUUGUUGAAUGUCUAAUGCCAAUCCCUUUGGGUUCAAGAGGACAAUUUUUUUUUUUCCUACUCAGAUUAUUUCCUUUUGGAAAGAGACUGAUGUAUCUGUUGAUUGGCAUGGUACUUCACACAUGAUUGUAGAUUUGUGCUGCCACUAACUUUGAAGUGAAGGUGGCCGAAAAAAGGCAAAACAAAACUUUGUAGUGAGUUGCAUUUUGGUUUUCAACUCAUUGUAAUCUAUUAAGGCUCCUUUUGAAAUGCCUAAGGAAUAGAAUUAAGUACAUCACAAGGAUGUGGGAACACAGGUUCGAUUUGUGGCAAUAUUAAUUCUCUAGAAAUUGAUUUA